CAAACCCAACGUCAACCGAGAGCCAAAUUCCUUUAGCACUGCAGCUUCACCAAAAUCAAGCUAAACGGUGGUUAUUCGGAGGACAGAGGAGGCAAUUAUCUUUCAUUAAGAGGAAAGCACAGUUCAACCUGUUGAAUUCCAGUGGUGUGGUGAAAAAGUGCAAGUGUCUGACGCCAUCAGUUUCAGAGAAUUGAAACCAGUUCAAGGAAUAAGCCAGGCUUUGAAUGGUAUGGGGAAGUACUCGCUUGAGGAGCAGUGCCGGGGAAAGGCCGACCAGAAGCAAAACUCAGCUGCUUUCACCACGAGCACACUCAGGUGUUUGUUUUCGCAGCACAGGGAAGCUGAGGCUAAAGGCUGAAUUCCACUUGCUUUAUUUAGUGUGAUUUUGCAAACAAACCAUAGCCUUAUGAAGUCAGGGCAUCUGAAGACUCAACCCAGGAUUAAAGGAAUAGUCUGAGAAACUUUAGAGGUUCAGCUCUAGCUCCACCAUCAAUAGGAACAAAGCGCUAUGGCCAUGUCGUAUGAAAGUAAAAGGCUGCAAUGGCAGCUGUGGUGAAGCUGUGGUGAAGAGGUGCCACAGCACCGGGGUGAAAGGUGCGUGCACGGGGCUGGGCAGCACCCAGGAGGACAUUUCCACCGUGCUGGCUUUACUUCAUGCCAUUCAGUAUCAAAGGUUUGGUGGAAUGUCGUUGGAGCUGUUUCAUGUACUCUGUGUCUGAUUAUAGCACCCAAACCAACAUGCACAGAAACACCACGGGUAGAGGAGUCACAGCAGCCCAGCUGCGCUGUGCGAGGGGUGCGAGACCCCCCAGGUAACGCUCUGCCCCAAUAAUCCCCCCUGGGAAGGCUGCUUUUCAAGCCAAUAAUACCAAUUACCUUAUUCAGAGUUGCCUGUGGGCUGCAUAUCUUGUUUCAACAACACUCCCCGUGAUACUACUCAGGGAAUAAUCAAACGCCACAAUGUCAACAUUUUGGCUCAUGUUGUGAAACAUAACCCUCAGGCCAGGGUCAGUAUGGGCAGCGUAGCGUGGAAGUGAAAAGGGCCUUGGGGAGCAUUGGAGAUACUGCUGAAAAAUACAACAUUUCCUAUUUGAAAGCCUUUCAAAUCCCUCUGCAGACCCUCUGCCACAGGGUCUGAUCACGUCCAGCCCUUAAUAAAUCUGUCACUUUGGUGCCCCAGGAGCAGAGAUAUGAACUGAGAUGCAGAAAGCCUGGGAACAGAUUUUUAGAAUGUAUGUAGGUCCCUAAAGAGGCAAAGUGUCCCACAGCUGGGAUGUCGAACUUCGGAUGGCACUUUGAAUAAAUGGAAAGCUCCAUUGCCUUUGAUUACGCUCCAAAGCUGCACACAGCAGGAAUGAUGUGAUAACAACCCAGUCAUUGCCCCAUCCUGUCUUCAUCUGUUCUACCCCUGACAGCAGAACUAGAAUGAAUGGGGACUCAGUCAAGGCAGGUGCGCUGAGCCACGUCCUUAGCAGCUGAUUGACAGCAAUAUUCUCAGCUUCCUGCUCUCAUCAUGGCUAAGUCAAUAUUUAACUUUAAGGCCUUGGUAUACUAAACAGGAGGAGAUCGGUUCUUGUCUCAUGAGUCACCUCUCAAAUUUACCAGGGGGAUCAUCCUUUCUAAAGCUAUUUCUCUUUGGGAAAGCUUGAAAAGAGAUGUUGACACAACGGAGCUUUGUUGUAGCCAUGCAACGAAAGCGUCCAUCCAUCCCCCACCACCAUGUGCUGACCCUGCUGCCUCCCGCUUCGUUGCUUUUGGUAAUCAAACUGAUAGCCUUGCUUGUUUUAAAAUGCAUCCCAGCAAACAGCUACAGCAGGAUCUAUUUAUCUCCUUCUCGUUCUGUGUAAGCACAAACAGCAGGAUUUCAACACUGUUUCAAAGGUCUUCCCACGCAAGCCAUCUGUAUUAACAACAAACCGCUCCUCAUUAUCUUGACUUUUCUAGAUAAUGACAACUAGAAGCGCCUUGCCACAAAGCCCGUGCUCAUUCGCAGGCAGAUGUCACGCCGAUGACAGCUAAAUCUGGGAGCUGGCACUUGGCCGCUCCCCACGGCAGCAGCCCCAUCAACACAUUGCUGCAGACCGAGGCUCACGUUCCACCUCAUUACUCGCUCGUUAUUUUUGUCGGCGUCGAAAGGUGCCCUGUUUGAAGACUAUAAAAGAUUGCUGAUUUCUUAACAAGUCCUUUGAGGAAAACCUCGCUCAAGGAACAAAUGAAAAGCUCCAGAUUCUGGAGAUAGAAUGAAGCAGAGUCGAGGGGCAGCUCUGAAAGUAUUAGGGGCCCUGAUAAAACAGACUUGUGUCUGAGCUCUGGCAUCACGCUGGCGCAGCAGCGUCGCUGUAGCGACGGGAGGUACAACGCAGCAGAACCACAGCGGCUGGAGCGCAGUGCUGGGCAGUGACCGUACACUCGCUGCUUCAGAGGAUUUCAAAUGUCCACGUGUACCUUCUUUCUCCUCAGACUGAGAUAAUAAGAGCUGAGAAACACGAUUACAAGAUAUUGUUGGAAGAAAAAGGUGACAAAGGUGGUCAGCAUCCAUAUGAGGAGAGCAUAAGUUAGGACUCAUCUCCUUAAAACUUACAGCAGAAGGUUGAUAUGACAAAGAUGAACUAAAUUAUCAACAUUAAGCAGAAUAGAUGAUAAUUACUCAUUACUUCUCACAAUACAGAAUUCAGGAAAGCACUCAGGUGGUCAUGCAAUUGCUCAAAAGCCAUGAAAGAAAAGGGUUCCUUCCCUUUGGCAGCUCACCUUAUACCAAAACGUACUCAGUCAUGCCGGCCCAGUACCUGUUUACUGCUGCUGAUGCGCUGACUCCUCAACUAAUAAAAUGCAGCUGGAAAACAUCUGGCUCACAAACUGUUAUUGCAGCCUCAGAGCUUCACUACUUUCAAACCUCCGUUCCUCCUUCUGACACCACAAAAAAUAUCACCCAGUUCUCACAUUGCUGGGAAGGGUUUAUCCUGAAAGCCGAAACUGCAAACCCAUCUGAAAUAAAUGGAAAACCAGCCAUUUCUGUUCUUUCACCCCACCCCAGGCUCCUCGAUCCCGCCACGGGCAGCGGGAGAUGUAAACUCAGCUGCUACUGCAGCAGCAAGACUCGGUUUGCCUGUAAUGAGGAAAGUCUAAUAGUCGCACCCAACCAAAACAUGAGAGCCGCUGUUAGCUCCCGAUCUAAUUAUACCCUGACAUAAUUUGGCUGGAGUUGGCAUUCACUAAAGAGACGUCAAAGUAAAUGAUUUCGCUCUAUUAUGCAGCGCUGGCCACGUUAAUCCAGGGGAAAUUCCUGGAGGAGAUGAAAACAUUCGUAAUUCAUUUUAGAUACUUUGUGAGCUCCUCAACAAGCAGAGGCUAAUCCAACACUCCGAUGCCUGAAUUUUGGAGGCACCUGUCUUUCCUUAUAUCAAAAGCAGUAAUUUGCCCCAUCUGAAAAGGAGUCUGUGAUCAGUUGCCAUCGCAGCAAAGAGCUCCCAGCGCGUCACCCCCGCCGGGUCUCCCCAUUGUCCCCGCGAUGGCACGGGGACGCUAUAUUUAAGACUCCAGGAUGGGCACUCAAACAUGGGGAACAUUCUUUUGGGGAGAGUCACUCUUAGUGUCAUCACCAGGGGGAAGGAAACGCUCCUUUGUCCUUUCUCUUUCACGAGGACAGGCUCCCACUGUAGGCUCCACAGGCAAGAAAGUUCAUUUUUGACUUCCCAGCAUGGGAACCCGAACCUUGUUCCACCUCCGAGAGGAGGAGCAGAAGGAGGAGAGGCAGCAGAGCUUGCAGAUGAGCUCCACAACUAGGAAGAAGAAGUUCAAAACCAGUGAGGAAGAAGAGACCUUCAGCCCUUCUGAGUUAUCGAUAGCAGCUGCCCUUGCCUUGACCUCCGAAAUAUCACAGGAUUACAAGCUAAGAAGAGAAGCUGCCAUCCUGGAGCUGGAACAGAGGGGGCAAAAGAGAGUUCGGUUUGGGAACGAGAUGGAGAAGCUGGAAAAGGAGGUUAUUAGGAACUGCAGGCUGCUGCGCGCCAGAGCUGACCGCAAGGCCCUUCGCAGAAAGGCUGUGGAGAAGGCACGUGUGGAGAAGGAAUACAUGGAGCUGCGGUCGGGGCGAGCGCCUAUGUUCUGGAUCCCGCUCAGAGUGCACGCGGUCUGGGAGCGGAUGGAAGUGACCCUGGCAUGUACGGUCCUGGCGUCCCCACCGCCGCACGUUACCUGGUAUAAAAACGGAGUCCGUAUUGACCCUCGCCUAGCACCGGCAGGAAAAUACAGGAUAAAAAACAAGUUUGGGAUGCUGACCCUGCACAUCAGCAGAUGCUCCAUGGAAGAUUCUGCUGAAUACAGUGUGGAAGUGAAGAAUCAAUACGGCGAGGCUUACUCAUUUGCUACAGUGCUUGUCAGGAAAUAUUAUGGGAAGGAGUCAGGAUUUGAUUCAGAAAUAUACAGAAGAUCCCUUAAGGCCAGAGAGGCAGAUUUUGCUUUUCCACUGAAGCCCUUAUUUUCAAGAGAAAAGGAGCCUUUCACCCUCUCCUGUUACUUCUCUUCUGAUUUACUUGAACAUCAACGAGACAUUACCUGGUUCAGAGAUGGUGAGUUGCUGCAGAGCUCUGAAUGUCGGGAACUGAAGUACCAAGACCAGGAGGCUUCUCUGACGGUGUCAUGCGCUUACAAAGAAGAUGAGGGAUUCUACACCAUCCGCGUCCCCUCGCUGGAUGGAUAUAAAGAGCAGACCACUUACGUGUUCAUUAGAGAUGCCGCAGCAGAAACAGCUGGUGCACCUGGAGCCCCACUCAACGUGAAAUGCCACGAUGUAAAUAAAGACUGUUUGAUGCUGUCUUGGGUAGCACCCAGUGACAACGGAGGCAGUCCCAUCCUGGGAUACUACAUUGAAAGGUGUGUUGCUGGGUCCGAGGAUUGGGUCCCAUGCAAUGAGAAGCCCGUAAAAACCUGCAGAUACCCCGUCGUGGGCCUUGCUGAAGGACAGACGUACCAGUUCCGAGUAAAAGCUGUCAAUAAAAACGGCAUCAGUCACCCUUCAAAAACCAGUGAUCCCGUUACAACGUACGAUCCCAGCAAGGACAAGAGAGUGACAGUUAUUCCAUACGACAAAGGCAGGACGAUAGAAAUUUUCAAGGAUGACCUGGAAGGACAUAUCAAAAUUCCCUUGCCACCCACCAAUGUUCAUGCAAGUGAGGUCAGAGAAGAUUACGUGGCUUUGGCCUGGGAUGAACCAGAUCCAAGAGGCAGAGAGCCACUGCAUUAUUAUGUGGAAAAGAUGAUUGUAGGCAGCAACUCCUGGCAAAUGGUUAAUCUGGAUACGCCAGCUAAUUCCCCAAGAUUUGCACUCUUUGAUCUCGUUAAAGGAAAAUCGUACUGUUUCCGUGUGCGAUCUGUUAACAAGUAUGGAAUCAGUGAGCCAUCCCUGCCCAGCGAGCCCAUAACUGCUGGAGCAACACUGGCUACUCUGCCUCCACCAUCUCAGGUUUUAGCUUUCAGAGACACCAAGACAUCUGUUGUUUUGCAAUGGGAUAAGUUAAAGGAUGGUCUGGAGCCUCUCGGCUAUUACAUCUAUUGUCGGGAGACAGGGACAGAAGAAUGGGAAACUGUCAAUAACAAGCCUGUGACAUGUAACGAAUUUACUGUUCCUGGGCUGCAGCCUGGAAAAGAAUACGUGUUUUGUGUGAAAUCUGUCAGUGAGGCGGGACUAAGUGAGAGCUCACCAGAAACAGACCCUAUCGUUGUCAGGCCAGCUGUUGCGUGUCCAUCGGCACCGCACGGGUUUGUUCUUCUCAGCUGCGGGAAGACCGACAUGACCAUCGGCUGGAAACCCCCGAAGCGCAAGGGAGGAGCAAAGAUUCUGGGUUAUUUCCUCGAUCAGCACGACCCGUCUGAACCAGACUGGCAUGAAGUCAAUAUUCAGCCAAUUCCUCAACGCGUUUACACGGUCAGCAACCUGGAAGAAGGUCACCUGUACGAAUUCCGGGCCUGUGCCAUGAACAUGGCUGGUGUCGGGGAAGUAUCUGAACCCAGUGACUUGUUCAAAUGUGAGGAAUGGACAAUGCCAGAACCAGGCCCCCCUUACGACGUGAGGUGCAGUGAAGUGAGAGACUCGUCCCUGCAGCUGCGUUGGGAAGCACCACAGUACACGGGAGCCGGUCCCGUUACAGGGUAUUACGUGGAAAUGUGUGAAGAAGGCUCAGAAGAAUGGAAACAAAUAACCCAGAGGCCCAUAGCCACCACCCACAUGAAGGUUUCAGGUCUGGAGACAGGGAAAUGCUACAUUUUCCGAGUAAAAGCGCUGAACAAGGCUGGAACUGGACCUCCCUCGCUGCCCUCAGACCCCGUGGUGGCUAAAACCAAACCCGGCACAAAUGAAAUUGAACUUGGGGUCGAUGAAGAGGGUUUCAUUUAUAUGGCUUUUGAAGCUCCUGAAAAGAACGAUUCCUCUGAAUUUAUCUGGUCCAAGGACUACGAAGGACCACCAGACGCUGACAGAGUUCAGAUUGAAGAGAAAGGCAAUAAAUCUAAGCUUAUACUGAAAGACCCAUCGGAAAAGGAUCUGGGUGUAUAUUCGGUGGAGGUCACAGAUGUAGAUGACGACAUCUCUGCCAGCUGCACUUUAACAAAAGAAGAUCUGGACAAGUUAUUGAAACGUAGCCACGAAAUCAGGAACCCAUUGAUCAAGCUGAUAUCUGGCUGGAACAUCGAUGUUCUAGAGAAAGGAGAAGUGCGGCUGUGGCUGGAGGUUGAGAAGCUGUCACCGAACGCAGAGCUGCAUUUAAUCUUCAACGACAAGGAGCUGACAAGUACUCCAACACAUAAAAUAAACUUCGUCAAAGGAAAAGGUCUCGUGGAACUGAUAAUCCAGAAUUUCUGCGAUGACGAUAAAGGGACAUACACAGCCCAGCUGCAAGACGGAAAAGCUAAAAAUCAAUUCACCCUCAUUCUUGCGGAUGAAUGUUUUGCUAAAGUUGCAGAGGAGGCUGCUGCAAAACGGAGAGAAUGGAAGAAAAAGCAGGGUCCACAUUUCAUAGAGAAUUUGAAAUGGAAGGUUACUGAGAACUGUGAAGUGCUCCUUACCUGCAAGGCAACAAACCUGAGAAAGGACACCAGCUUCCAAUGGUUCUUCAAUAAGAAAGCCCGAGCAGGUGGUGUGUUUGAUCCACAGACUGGGAUAGGAACGCUUUGUAUUAAAAAGAUAACCAAAGCAGAUGAGGGCCAAUACAAAGCAGUUGUUUCAGAUGACCGAGGCGAGGACUACACCCAACUUGAUCUCACAAAGGGAGCCUUUGAAGACCUCCUGAAGGAGCUGUGUCGGCUCAGUGCUCUUUCUGCUACACCUCUGAAAAUUCAGCCUACUGAAGAAGGCAUCAAGAUCUACACGGAUGUGAAGUACUACUCAGACUACAUGAAAACAACCUGGUAUCACAAGGAGAAAAAACUGGAAAGCCGUGACCGACUAAAAGCUGGAAGCACAAUGAAUCAGAUCUGGCUUCACAUCCUGAACCCAACAGAUGCAGAUAAGGGAAAAUACACCCUGGAGUUAUUUGAUGGGAACAAGUCUUACAAACUGUCAACUGACUUGUCUGGACAAGCCUUUGAAGACGCCCUGGCUGAGCACAGAAGGCUAAAGGAAGCAGCAGUAGCAGAAAAGUGUCGUGCCAGGGUUGUCCAAGGUCUGCCAGAUGUUGCCACCAUCAUGGAGGACAAGACCCUGUGUUUAACUUGCUGUGUCUCUGGAGAACCUUACCCAGAAAUCACUUGGUUCAAAAACGAGAAAGUUAUCGUCUUUAAAGAUCGCUACAAAAUGGAUGUGAAGGGGACAGUUGUCACAAUUACCAUAGAGAAAGUCUGCAACGAAGACACAGGAAAAUACAGCAUCUAUGUCAAGAAUAAGUACGGUUCUGAAACAGGGCAGGUCACUAUCAGUGUCUAUAAGCACGGAGAGAUACCAACAGGAAUGGAAGAGUAAGUCCCAGGUGGGAUGACAAAGAAAAAGCCUAAAUGAAUUGGUCAAGUAUGUCUCAUUGAAUUUAAAAGGAAUUUCACUCCUUCGGAUUCCUUUCUAUGUCUCUGCCCUAAAAUCCAGGCUCAUGUCUCCAUUUUUUUCUGGUAAUAUUUUAGUAUUUUUAUUUUGGUAGUUGUUAGAAAACAAUUCCCACGUGUGUGCACAGGUGCGUGGGUACACAUGCACCUUCACCUUACAGAGAAACUCUUUCCUAGUAAACCUGUGCGGGAAACGCCAGAGGAUUCACACACGAGAACCAGGAUUCCAGUGGAGUUUUUCUGUAGUAAAUCACUAUGUAUUACUGAUUAUCUAGUAGCUGACAUAUACGCUUGUGUGUGUAUUAUUAAACUUAAACCCUUGAUGACUCCUCA